AUUCAUCUUGUGUACGUACCGACAACGAGGCUCCGCAGAGCCCUUCCAGGUGCCGGUGCUAGACCGCGCCCAGCAUGCCCUUCCUGCAUCGUCCGCACCUGUAGGUUAUGACGCUGUGAGAACAGCGGACGAAGAAGAGGCACAUACCCCUAUGGAAAAAGACGCGAGGCCACAGACGGUCGAUAUCUCUGAGUCUCGGACGGCCAGCCUGCUGCCAUUGGGCAGCUCCGUCAGCCACAUCGCCGUGUACGGCGACCCUUUCAGCGACGCCGCACCAUCCGCACCAUCCAAAUCAUCCACGCCACCUAUUCCCCGUCUCCCAUCGCACAUUCUGGAAGGGCGCGCAGCUCUGGAGAAGUAUUCGAGAGUGGGACGGACGAUCCGCCGCGCCCAGCGCCUUGAAGCGCAAAGAAAAGAGCAGAUGGCCAACCAGCAAGAAGCUCGGCAGUCGGGGACGCGGUACGCUACAGACGGCGGGGUCAGGUUGGCAGGAGGAAGAGAUAGUAGCGGGACGAUGAAGACCGUUCCGGAUGCGCACUCGAUGCACAGUUCGAGCACGAUGCCGCCGCCGUAUGCAGAGUACGAUUGAUACCCAAGGAUAAACGAUACCCAAGUAUUCUCCUCCUCAAUAUAACUGUGUGCUAUUUGUAGCAUUGAUACCCUAGGCAAAUAGUGUACGCGCAAAGAGUGAUAGAGGAUGAGAGCGU